AAAUAUUUAGCUAUCUGGCAACUACGAAUUUCCGAUUUGCGCGUGUUGCUUUUGUUUACCGCUUACUUUUUUUAGCUUACUAAUAAAUAUUUGUAUUUUAUUAAUUAGUAACUUUAAGAUUUUAAAUAAUGACUACAAACGUUAACAUACGCCUUGCUAUUGAUCGUGUCAAUAUGGGUUUGCUGGCACAAAACCAGACACGGGCACCGCGUCUUUACACACCCGGCGAAGUGGUCACUGGUCAGUUUGGUUUCAUGAAGGGCCAUGGCACCUAUGUUGAAGGUGAAGACAUUAAAGCCUCCGUGGCUGGUGUGAUGGAACAGGUGAACAAGCUAAUUUCAAUAAAACCACUUAAGAGCCGUUAUGUGGGCGAAAUUGGCGAUGUUGUGGUUGCGCGUAUUACUGAGGUACAACAACGACGUUGGAAGGUGGAUACGAACUCACGUUUGGAUUCCGUACUGCAGUUGUCUUCCGUAAAUUUACCAGGCGGUGAAUUGCGUCGAAGAGGCGUGGAAGAUGAACAAAUGAUGCGUAAAUAUUUGCAAGAAGGUGAUCUUAUAUCGGCAGAGGUGCAGAAUAUCUUUGACGAAGGCACGUUAUCACUUUACACACGCAGUUUGAAAUAUGGCAAACUAUCACAAGGAGUGCUUGUUAAAGUAUUUCCUUCGUUGGUUAAGCGACGUAAGACGCAUUUCCAUAACUUGACAUGUGGUGCCUCAAUAAUUCUCGGCAACAAUGGUUUUAUCUGGAUAUCACCGACUGUGAAUAAUGAAGCUGAUGGCGGUGACGGUGGCUAUGCACAGAAUUUGAGUGAAGUAAUACCGCGUGCAGACCGUGAAGUGAUUGCACGUCUUCGAAAUUGCAUUCUAGCUUUGGCGCACUGUAAAAUGAUGCUCUAUGAUACGAGCAUUCUGUACGCCUAUGAGGAGUCUAUGAAAUACGAAGUGCAUGAAUUGCUGCAGCAGGAGGCUAUAUUUGAUGUGGCAUUCCUAACGCAACAUCGUUUGCGUUUACAGGAAGAAUGAGUGUGAAUAUUAAGGUGGGUGACAAACUGUAAAAUUACGUUAAACACAUACAAAUAAAUGACAAUUUUAUUAUAAA